UUUUGGAGGCUAAAAUAUGUUCCGCUUUAUAUUUAAUAUUAUAUAAUUAUGCUAGUGUACAUAUUGAGAUCGUGAAUUCCGGACUGAAGUGUUACCCUUCUCCUUAACAUGGCUGAGAAAGAGGAAAACGAGGAAAGUAAAUUGGAAAAGAAUUCGACAAUGAUGGAAGAGAAAUACAAGAAUCACCUUGUUGGCUCUAGAAUUAACUUUUACGAAAACAAGACACGAUCAGACAUGUUACAUAAACCAGAAGAACCGCGCGUCUCGAAAUCAAAAAUCCCGGACGUUCUAUUACUAGACGCAGGGAGAUUAAUGGAACAAGAAGGAGAAGAAGCCAAUAUAAAAAAGGAGAUUGCGGCAACGAAUAUAUCUAAAAGAAAACGUUUAAUUACAAACCUGACUCAAAAGCCACAACACGUUAAUCAAGAAGCCACGGAAACCAGUUCAGAAAAUCUUGUAGCGGGUGACAGUGAUAGUGGAAGCGAAAGUGCUUUAGACUUUAAUAUUACUGCCGAACAUAUCUAUUUUCCUCCAGAUUUUGAAAAUUCAAAUAUCACAGAUCGUAAAUCAUUCGCUACUUAUGCUGAUGAUAUAAGCCAGGGCGAAGGAUACGUUCAUUCAAAUUCAAGUCGAUUUGGCAGUUUCAACGCUAGUGAUAGCGAGUUGCAAUUCCAGCACAAAAUUGCCUUAUAUGACAUAAGUCAGAAAUCGGAAAAAGAAAUGAUCAAAAUAGAAUCGGUCGUGUCCGACGGAUUAGAGAUGGUUAAUGAAGGCAUUGCGGACGGAAUCAGUGAAAUUCAUAACCAGAUUGACGAAGCAGAAACCAGAUUGAAACAUAUAUAUUCAAAAAUAGAUUUGCAAGGAGAUGACUCUUUCAGAAAUUCCCUCCGAAAGACACGAGGAUUGAUAAAACCAAAGAAAUCUGGUCGACCUAGCAUAUUAAAUAUUUUUAAUCAUGCUAAACUUGAUGAAGCUCAGGCUAAAUCCGAUGUAGAUCCGGAUAGACAUAAUGAAGAAAUGGGAAAACUACAUAACCGACUUGCUGAGUAUUAUUUGGACAGAUUUGACUCUGUGCCUUUAUCUCCUAUAAGUCCAGAACACGAUCAAAAGCUAACUGCGUUGUACGUAUGUCCUGAAAUUUGUCGACAAAAGGUUAGUCAAAAGGACAAAGACUAUUCUGAAAAGGUCCAUGUCGACAAAUAUAAAACAAUUUUCUUUCCAAACGGGAUUCAAGCAUCAAACAUUUAUUUACAAGGGGACUCGGGAAGCGGAAAAUCAACGUUUUGCAAUAAGUUAGUAAUAGAAUGGAGCAAUAAUCACAUAUUGAAUAAGUGCGAUUCGCAACCAUUUCCGACUGACGAAAACUGUUUUACAGAUAUAAACAUUAUCAAAGAUUACAAGUUUCUGUUCUACUUGGAUCUUAGUGAGCCAACCAGUGAAUGCUCGAUUGAAAAAUUAAUUCGGCAUCAAUUCUGUUAUGAACUUUAUCCGGAAAAAGACCAACAGAAAGCGUACGAGCUUCUCGAACACGUACUUGAACAAGAAAAAUGCUUAAUUAUACUGGAUGGAUUUGAAGAGUGGACCCAUCCAAACAUUUUACAAAGCAACUGCAGAUGUAGAAAACAUGACAGAUCAGAGCCAUGGAGAGAUAGAGGAUGGAAGAAGUCAACAAUACUUACCACAUGUCGCCCAUGGAAAUUAGCCGCAAUUCAAGUGAAAGAUUCCAAAAUUGACAUAUUGCUUGAAAUAUCUGGGGUUUUAGACAAACGUCGUCUUGUUGAAAGAGUACUGUUUUGCUUAACGCAGGACGUGUCAGAACGUAUGAUUGAUAAAUGUUGUGCGUACAUAAAGCGGAAAAUAUUCGACGAGAAUAUGUCGGUGCCAAUCUUUAUCAUUCAGCUAGUAUGCCUUUGGUAUUUUGGCAAACCGGAAAGCGAUUCAUCUUGCGAAGUAUACGUGAACCUUUUUAGUGUUCUUGAAGCUCGUUUUCAAGACGGCCACGUCCCAACAACUGAAACAAGUAAUUCAAAUCGGUCACACGGUGCACAAUUUGACAGAGGUACACUGCUUGGUGAUGUGUGGUUACCACUUGCAAAGGCUGCCUUUGAAUUGUUAUUUUCUACACCACCACAAAUAUCUGUCAUUUUUGAAAAGGAAAUGGCAUUAAAAUAUCUAAACGAAACUGACAUUCGCCAUGCGCUAAAAUUAGGAAUUCUAAGGGAACGAAAGGACUUUUCUUUAUUGAAAAGAAGGUCGCAUAUUUCCUUUGUGCACAGGACAUUUCAAGAGUUUCUUGCAGCAUGUCAUUUGUCCAGAAAUCCAGAUUUAUUUGCUACUGUUGUAAAACCCUUCAUAAGCCAAUCAAAAGAAAACUCAGGACCGUUUGAGAUACAACAACUGAUAGUUUUCAUUUGCGGACUAAAUCAAGACUUAACGGAGGAAAUGUCGAAAUGGAUAGAUUCAACACUCCACGAGAGCCACUUGAAGAUCUAUAUGGGAGACUCCUAUCGUUACAACGUUCCUUGUCCAACCACAGAGCAAAUCAAUAUUUUGCAACGACUGAUAUUAUCCGGAUAUUUUGAGGCGUUGAGAAAUGGAGAAGAUAUUACAAAAAUAUAUCUGUCACAUUUUAUGUUUACCGAAAAGAUUAGUGCAAUUGAUAUGCAGAAUUUAAAGGAAAUUAUCUUGAUAAACAAGGGCAAUAUUAAGACACUCUACCUGGCUGACUCCAGAGGAGUGUUUUCUAAAUCUGAUAUUCAAAACAUUUUACACACCGCCAAAGGUUCGUUAUUGUAUUUGAAGAUUCACGGAUUGGUGGGUCAUUAUGAUAUUUCUGAGUGUAAAGAACUGAGGCACUUAUGCAUUGGGAGAGAUGACAACAUGUUUUUAAAUAUGAACCUUGAAAGGUUGGAAACUUUGGAGUUAUAUGAUGUCUCAGAAGAAACGACUACACGGAUACUGAACAUGCUUCGUCCAAAUGAUAUUCCAUUGGAAAAUCUUGUUGUUGAUCGAACCGAUAUGACACCGGGACCAGAACAACUUUUAGAAAAAGGGAUUCCUUUACUAUCCAGUUUAAAGUAUGCCUUUAUUGCUAAUGUUGAUUGUUCAAGAUCGGGUAUUUCUUGCAGUGAAUCAAUAACUCAUAUUUCAUUAUAUAAUUCUAUACUCUCCAUUGAAAACUUUAAAAAGAUGUGCGAGUGCAUUGAAAGGCUUCCGCAGGAAAUCAAAAUUGUGGUCAAAUCCUGCGCAAUUGAACCGGACCAAGAUUUUCAGCAUUACAAAGGACACUUGUUAAAUCUUAAUACAUUUUUGUGUCUGAACUACAAAGAACAAAACGCCAGUGGGUCUUUAACUUGAGUAAAAGACGUCUGGAGGCAAUCACAGAAAAUCGAUGUGGAAAAGCAACGAUUUGGUUAUCAAGUGAUUUUAGUAUAUAUAUACUUCGCCCCCUUUUUUGUCUUGAUAUAUAAUGCUGUAAUCGAGUUGAAUAAAACGGA